AGUCUACCCUAUAAUAAAACAUCUAUUAUGAAUUUAAGGCUGUAGUCUACCCUAUAAUAAAACAUCUAUUAUGAAUUUAAGGGCUGUAGUCUACCCUAUAAUAAAACAUCUAUUAUGAAUUUAAGGGCUGUAGUCUACCCUAUAAUAAAACAUCUAUUAUGAAUUUAAGGGCUGUAGUCUACUGAAUGCCUGCUGAAUACCCUAUUACGCCAUACUGACAUAACCUGCUGAUGUAUGUGGCUAUAUAGUACAACUUCUAUAACAAAUGUAUGAGUUUAGUAUAAAUGCUUGUUCUAAGUGCAUGAUGUUUUAACCAGUCUAAAUGUUCUGUUAUAAAAUGCUCUACCUGGUCAAAUCGACGUCUGCAGUGGCCGUGCAGCAUUUACAGUGAUAUGGCCUCUGCAGACGUUCAUACUCCUGGCGCUUCGAGGAGCAGCCCAGAGCUGCUGAGUAGACCUGUUGUGAAGGAAGUUGUCAAGGAAGAGGGGGGGAAACAAAAAAAAUAGUCAAGGAAGUGAGAUUGUGUUUAUACAGGAUGUCCCGCCCCCAUCUACCUUCAACCAAUCAUGUCAAUACAGAGCUAUACGGAGCCCUCCGCAUUGUUACACAAUGUAUUCGCUGCACAGUGAUGCUGAGCUAAAUUUGGCCUCUGCGUGCCUCUCUCUGGUGGAUCCACAUUUUUCUUUGGGAAGGGGAGGGCAGUGACCAUUGGCUGUCUGUUUCUACAGGUGUGGAGCCCUCAUGGGCAGUGUUCUGGCCUUGGCUGGUGCGGGCCGUCAGAACUGGCCUUUCUCCUCGGACACACCCUCUCCCCAGUGGGACACGCCCCUUCCUCACUGGGAUACGCCCCCUCGCUGGGAGAGGAGGGACGGACUCCUCCCCAACCCCGGGAGCUUCCAUGCCCUGCAUCACUCGUGCAAGGAUGUGUUCCCACAGCAGAUUGAGGGAGUGAAGAUGAUUGUCAACAAAACCCUCAGCAGCUUCUUCAAGGCCAGUCAUACCUUCCACCUCAGUGCAGUGAGUCCGUCUCAGUACCGCUUCCAUGUGGAGCACCGUCAGUCUGACAGCCACGGCAAAGAUACGGACUCCCCCGUGCUGAUCGGUGAGAUGGACUCUUCCGGCAGUCUGAAUGCUCAUUCGCUGCUGCAUCUUAGCGAACGAAUCAGGGCCAAGGCUGUGUUUCAGACCCAGCAGGCUCAGUUCAUGACGUGGCAGUUUGAGACGGAGUACAGAGGAAGUGACUUCACAGCUGCUGUUACCAUGGCGAACCCUGAUGUCCUACGGGAGUCAGUGAUCCUGGUAGCUCACUUCCUCCAGAGUGUGUGUUCAGGGCUGGUGUUGGGAGGAGAGCUGGUCUACCACAGAGGAAGACAUGAAGAAGGAGGGAUUCUCACCCUGGCUGGACAGUACUCAGGUCCAAACUGGGUGGCGACGCUGAAUGCUGGGAAAGGAGGAGCUCACGCCAGCUACUACCAUAGAGCUAACAAACAGAUCCAGGUGGGGGUAGAGUUUGAGGCCAGUACGAGAACCCAGGAAACAUCGGCCUCCUUCGGGUACCAGAUGGAACUACCAGAGGCUAACAUGGUGUUCAGAGGCAUGGUUAACAGUAGGUGUAUAAUUGGAGGAGUGCUGGAGAAGAGUCUGUCUCCUCUCCCUGCUACGCUGCUGAUAGGAGCCUUCGUUAAUCACCGUGGCGACAAACUGCAGGUGGGGCUGGGAAUCAAUGUGGGCUAGACUACAACACCCACAACCCUCUACAGAAGGGACUCCCUCACAUGCCCCGCCCCCAGCCCUGUGGCCUCGUGGGAAACGGCGUUCCUGUUUUUGGAGGAAGAAAAUGGUGCAGCAAGAAGUUCUCCCCUAGCAACCACAUGGCAACUGUUACAUCACUUCCUGUUGAAAAACCUGAACUGGACCAACUCACGAGAUGUCAGCUCCACACAUAGAGAGCGAUAGAGGACUCAUUUUUGUAUCUGUGAUAUUAUAUCAUCUGACACAGCGUGGGCAUUUUGAAGUAGUACAUUCUCUUCUUAAACGAUUGGCUGAUCCCUCCUGAUGACCCAGUUAAACAUGGCUCCAAUAGGUUCGUCAGGAGGGAUCAGCCAAUAAAGUUGGAAGUCCCACCCAGUUGACUACAUUAAAAUGGUGGAAUCCAUCAAUGGCGCUGUCCAUGCUAAUACGACUUUUUGGCCACUAGAGGUCUCUAUCAUUCUCUAUGACUCCCCCACACCUCAUAAUGCAUAGUGGACAGCUCAUAAUAAUGGCUGGAAUUCAAACCAAUGUGUUUGAUGUAUCUGAUACCAUUCCACUGAUUCCGCUCCAGCCGUUACCACGAACCCGUCCUCCCCAAGGAAGGUACCACCAAACUCCUGUGCUCACCUCCCAUCCCCCAUAAUGCACCUCACAUCCCCCAUAUUGCGCUUCACCUCCCAUUCCCCAUAAUGCACCUCACCACCCAUCCCCAUAAUGCACUUCACCCACCAUCACCCACAAUGCACCUCACCUCCCAUAAGGCACCUCACCCGUCAUCACCCAUAAUGCACCUCACCCGUCAUGACCCAUAAUGCACCUCACCUCCCAUCCCCCAUAAUGCACCUCACCUCCCAUCCCCCAUAAUGCACCUCCCUUCCCACUUAACGUACUCUAUGUUUACUAUAUAUUGUAAUAUCAUAAUGUAUUUGUACUCUAUGUUCAAAUUAAUUAAUGUUGGGGUUACAUUGAUGUACUAAACAAAAUAAUGUAUAAUUUUUAACUUACAUUACAGAUGUUGAGACUGUGGGACCCUCUAGAGAUAACAGCCAGACAGAAUGAUCUCUAGAGAUAACGGCCAGACAGAAUGAUCUCUAGAGAUAACGGCCAGACAGAAUGAUCUCUAGAGAUAACGGCCAGACAGAAUGAUCUCUAGAGAUAACGGCCAGACAGAAUGAUCUCUAGAGAUAACGGCCAGACAGAAUGAUCUCUAGAGAUAACGGUCAGACAGAAUGAUCUCAUCCUCCACAAGCCCAGGAGCAGGAGAUAUUAUUAUAUUAUACACUGAGUGUACAAAAUAUUAAGAGCACCUUCCUAAUAUUGAGUUACACCCCCUUAAGUCGUUGGGGCAGGGACUUAAGGUAUCAAAAGCGUCCCAAUGGAUGCUGGCCCAUGUUGACUCCAAUAAUUCCCAGUUAUGUCAAGUUGGCUGGAUGUCCUUUGGGUAGUGGACCAUUCUUGAUACACACGGGGAACUGUUGAGCGUUAAAAACCCAGCAUCUUUGCAAUUCUUGCAACAAAUCGGUGCGCCAGGCACCUAGUACCAAAGGCAUUUAAAUAUUUUGUCUUGCCCCAUUCACCCUCUGAAUGGCUCAGUUGUCUCAAGGCUUAAAAAUCCUUCUUUAACUCGUCUCCUCCCCUUCAUCUACACUGAUUGAAGUGGAUUUAACAAGUGACAUCAAUAAGGGAUCAUAGCUUUCACCUGGAUUCACCUGGUCAUUCUGUGUCAUGGAAAAGAGCAGGUGUUCUUAAUGUUUUGUUAAUGUUUUGUCUACAAAUACAUCAUAUAUACAGCUAAAAUCUGCAAUGCCAUGUAAAAACCUCAAAAACAUUGAAGUUACUCUGCAAAAUGGGCCUUCUAAGCAAGCCUCAAUAUCUUGCAUCAAGAUUUUAUUUCCUUAUAUUGAGGGAUAAAUCACUUAAAAUGUUUUUUAAGAUAAAUUGGCUAACCUCA